AUGAGUAUAUGGUUGCUGAAUGCAAAGUCCCUGCGGCUCCAGAGCACGGGAGGUUACUAUAUGGUUCAAGACGGCAGGCUCGAGAUAUCUUUACAGCCGGUGCAACGGUUUCAUUCGAAUGUGAAGAUGAUUAUAGCUUGGUGGGAUCUAGGGAAAUGGUCUGAUGAUCCUCCCGUAUGUAGAGCUGCUGAGUGUGAAGAACCUGUGGCUCCAGAGCACGGGAGGUUACUUGAUGGUUCAAGACAGCAGGCUCGAGAUAUCUUUCCAGCUGGUGCAACGGUUUCAUUCGAAUGUGAAGAUGAUUACCGCUUGGUGGGAUCUAGGAGAAUCACAUGUGAAACUGAUGGUCAAUGGUCGGGUGAUCCUCCCGUAUGUACAGUGAGCAGGUGCCCGGUACUCAACAUACCAGACCAUGUAGUCACGGAGAGUAUCUACUUCAGCGACGGGAGGAACAUUGGAGAUGAGAGGAUCUUCAACUGUGUAGAGGGUUACGUUCUACGAGGUGAUACUAACAACCUGCGAUGCUUGGAGAGUGGGGUCUGGUCGGAUCCCUUACCCACCUGUGAAGUAUAA